GUAGAGAGAAUCUGGUCGCCAGCGAUGAAAUAGAGGGAUCAAGCUUUCUCUCUGGUCAAAGCUGGCAUUUCCUGUUUAAAACCCUUCUUCUCCUCUCUCUCCAAUUCCGUGAGAGGGAAUUAUACCACUCCAUGUUUCUCACUCACAUUUGAAGGAGGAGAGAGUUUUUAAUGGUUGAUUAUUGCAAUCCAGCCAUGGCUGUCGCAUCUCCCUCUCUCGCCGGCGGAGAGAGGAAGCAUUGGUGGCUCACCAACAAAAAGAUGGUGGAUAGAUACAUGAGGGAAGCGAGGAUGUUGAUUGCGACGCAGGAGCAGAGCGAGAUUGCGGCGGCGCUGGGGCUCCUGGAGGCGGCGCUGGCGCUGGCGCCGCGCAUGGAGGUUGCGCUCGAGCUGAAGGCGCGGUGUUUGCUGCAUCUCCGGCGGUUCAAGGAGGUGGCGGAUAUGCUGCAGGAUUAUAUCCCGAGCUUGAAGAUAGUCUCCUCUGAUGAUUCGUCGUCGAGCGCUUCGUCGGAUAACUCGUCGACUCAGCUAUCGAGAGAGCGAGUCAAGCUCCUCUCCUCCAGCGGCGACGAGCCUGCGUUCAGGUGCUUCUCCGUCUCCGAUUUGAGGAAGAAAGUGAUGGCUGGGCUCUGUAAAAACGUCGACAAGGAAGGGCAAUGGAGGUACUCGGUAUUGGGGCAAGCAUGCUGCCAUCUCGGCUUGAUGGAGGAGGCAAUGGUACUCCUCCAGACCGGAAAGCGCCUCGCCACCGCCGCAUUCCGCCGCGAGAGCAUCUCUCUCUCCGACGACAUCUUCUCCUUCAACAAGUUCCCGCGCUCCGGCGAGAAUCUGAUCAGCAACCAGCCCCAAACCCCGCCGAAGACCGAGUCAGAGAGCAUCUCCCACCUCCUCUGCCACAUCAAACUCCUCAUCCGUCGCAAGGCUGCCGCGAUCGCCGCCCUCGACGCCGGCCUCUACGCCGAGGCCAUCCGCCACUUCUCCAAAAUCCUCGACGGCCGCCGCGGCGCACCCCAGGGGUUCCUCUCGGAGUGCUACGUCCACCGCGCCACCGCCUUCCAAUCCGCCGGCCGGAUCGCGGAGGCGAUCGCCGACUGCAAUCGCGCCCUCGCCCUCGAAACCUCGUGCAUCGACGCCCUCACCGUCCGAGCCGGCUUGUUCGAGACCAUCCGAUGCUUGCCCGACAGCCUCCAUGAUCUGGAGCAUUUGAAACUGCUCUACAACUCAAUUCUCCGAGACCGGAAACUGCCCGGCCCCGUUUGGAAGCGGCAGAGCGUUCAAUACAGAGAAAUUCCCGGCAAAUUGUGCUCCUUAGCAGCCAAAAUUCAACAGCUGAAGCAGAGACUUGCCUCCGGAGAAACCGGCAACGUAGAUUACUACGCAUUGAUUGGACUGAGAAGAGGCUGUUCGAGAUCAGAGCUCGAGAGAGCUCAUCUCCUGCUCACCCUCAAACACAAGCCGGAUAAAUCGUCUAGUUUCAUCGAGAGGUGCGAGUUUGCAGACGAGAAAGACGUCGAUUCUGUCCGUGAUCGGGCCAAAAUGUCGUCGUUGUUGCUGUAUAGAUUGGUGCAGAGGGGAUACACCAGUGUAAUGUCGAUCAUUCUGGAUGAGGAAGCAGCUGAGAAGCAAAGGAAGAAGGCGGCCGCGGCCAUUCAGCAUCCGGCCCCGCCUCCGCCUGAGAGGGUGGCAGUUGCGGUGGAAAGCAAGGCCUUCAAAACUCCACCACCAUCAGUCUUUCAAGGCGUUUUCUGCAGGGAUAUCGGCGUGGUUGGUAAUCUGCUGGCGCAGGCCGGUUUCAACCGUCCGAUUCCGGUGAAAUACGAAGCUUUGAGCUGUUGAUUUAAAAGAAGUUGAAUAAUCACGGUGGUUUUGAAAUGUUAAUAGGCCGGCGGGAGAAAUCUGAUUCUGGUUGCAAUGUACAAAUCGUUAAACCUCUAGUACUACCCUCCCAGGAUAAAAAAUUUUGUUAUUAUUCUUAUCA